UGACCUCUGUCUCCGACGCCCAACCCACCCAUCCCUUCCUCUAUAUAAGCCCAUCCCCACCCCGACCCCUCAUCAUUCAUCUUCACCAUCUUCACCUCAUCAUUCUGCCACUUCUCAAAGCUUGUCUCUGGCACUUCACCAUGCAACCUCUUUUCUCCCAGACCUAUUCCUUUUUUUUUAUCCUCUCACAGACCUAUUCAGUUCCUUAUUGUUUCCUACUUCUUCUACUAACUGUUCUGUCCUCGUCUGUGUUACUUGUUUUGUUCCUCAAAUGGGGUCAUAUCAAAGAGAAACGUCUACCACCAGGUUCAAUGGGUUGGCCUUACAUCGGAGAGACGCUCAAGCUCUACACUGAAAACCCAAACUCUUUCUUUUCCAACAGGCAAAAACGGUAUGGAGAUAUAUUUAAGACCCACAUACUGGGAUGCCCUUGUGUGAUGACUUCAAGCCCAAAAGCAGCGAGAAUUGUUCUAGUGAGUGAAGCUCAUCUCUUCAAGCCAACAUAUCCACCAAGUAAAGAGAAGAUGAUAGGACCAGAGGCUCUGUUCUUUCACCAAGGUGCUUACCAUUCAAGGCUCAAGAAGUUGGUUCAGGCCUCUUUUCUUCCCUCGGCUCUCACAGGAUUGGUACCCGAAAUCGAGAAAAUUGUUCUCAAAUUUCUUCCUACAUGGGAGAAUUGCUCCAUUAACACCUUGGAAGAGAUGAAGAGGUAUGCUUUUGAUGUGGCAAUGAUUUCGGCCUUUGGCCAAAAUGGGGAACUAGAGAUUGAAGAAGUCAAAUAUUUGUAUCAAUGCUUGGAAAAGGGCUACAAUUGCAUGCCUUUAGAUCUUCCAGGAACUUCCUACCACAAAGCCAUGAAGGCAAGGAAGCUUCUGAACGGAACCUUGAGAAAUUUAAUUCGAAAGAGAAGAGAAAGUAGGAAACAUGGUGGAGGAUUACUGGGAAUCUUGUUGGGAGCUACAGACCAGAAGCUAAAUCAUCUUAGUGAUUCUCAAAUUGCUGAUAAUAUCAUUGGAGUUAUAUUUGCUGCACACGAUACCACCGGAAGUGUCCUCACAUGGCUGGUUAAGUAUUUACAUGACAACGAUGAUGUCUUAGAAGCUGUUACGAAGGAACAAGAAGAAAUUCGUCGCAGAAUACAUGGAACCAAUGGUGGGCUUACAUGGGAUGAUACUCGACGUAUGCCGUUGACUAGCCGGGUGAUACAAGAGACUUUAAGAACGGCAAGUAUUCUCUCAUUCACGUUCAGAGAAGCAGUGCAAGACGUGGAAUUUGAAGGGUACUUCAUCCCUAAAGGUUGGAAGGUUCUUCCUCUAUUCAGAAGCAUUCAUCACUGUGCUGACUUCUUCCCACACCCAGAAAAGUUCGACCCUUCCAGAUUCGAGGUGCCACCGAGACCCAACACAUACAUGCCAUUUGGGAAUGGUGUGCAUUCUUGUCCAGGCAGUGAGCUAGCUAAGCUUGAGAUGCUCGUUCUCCUCCAUCAUCUCACCACAUCCUUCAGGUGGAAAGUUAUCAGCGACGAGGACAAAAUACAGUACGGCCCAUUCCCAGUGCCCAAACGAGGCUUGCCAAUAACUGUACACCCAAGAAAUAAGACAUGAUUGUCUCAUCCACCCCAAUUUUAAAACCACCAAGGUCAUGUAAUCAAUCCCAUUUCCAGUCGCUUUCGUUCAACCCAAAAAAAAAAAAAAAAUCUUGGAUUCACAAGAUAUCCUUGCAGCUAGGGUUUUGUAUAGUUUGCCAAGGUGGUGAUGACAUGCCUGCGUCUGUAUGCUACUUGUACGGUCAUCAAGUACGGCUGUAUUUUUGUGAGGCUUCUUGGUCUCUUUUGGAAUGUACAUAUUGGCAGAGUAAUAAAUACAAUUCAAAA